AUGGCUUGUCGCAUUGGGCUGCGAUGGUGUCGCAGUGAGGAGGUUGAGAGGCUGUGGUUUCCCCGCCAUCAAGCCGAGGUUCGGCACACCUGCAACGCCUGUAGCUCGCACUUAUACCCGCUACGAGGACGCACGUCUACUACCAACACGGCAAGCAGCAUCAACCAGACACAGACGACUUUACAAAAUACAUUCACGGCAAAUCAUGUCACAGACACGCCCCUCGCGCAGCCUCGUCGGCAAGGUAGCCAUCGUGACGGGCGCGGGCACGGGCACGCAGGGCGAGGGCAUCGGCAACGGGCGGGCCAUCGCGAUCCUGCUGGCCGAGGACGGCGCGGCGGUGGUGUGCGUGGACCGCGACGGGGCGCUGGCGGAGCGCACGGCGGAGAUGAUACGCUCCGAGGGGGGCCACGGGCGGGCGCUCGCCUUCGCGGCGGACGUGACGCGCGACGCGGAGUGCCAGGCGGCGGUGGAGGCGGCGGUGCGGACGUUUGGGCGCGUCGACAUCCUCGUCAACAACGUGGGCGUGCUGGGCGCGCGGGGCACGGCGACGGAGACGGACGCGGGGGCGUGGGCGCGCGGGCUCGAGGUCAACGUGACGAGCAUGGCGCUCAUGGCCAAGCACGCGAUCCCGGCGAUGCUGCGCAACGACCCGGGCGGCGGCGACGAUGGCGCGGGCGGGGGGAUCCGGGGCAGCAUCGUCAACGUCGGGUCCGUGGCCGGGCUGCGCGGCGGGACGCCCAGCCUGCUGUACCCGACGAGCAAGGGCGCCGUCGUCAACAUGACGCGGGCCAUGGCGGCGCACCACGGCGCGCAGGGCGUGCGCGUCAACUGCGUGUGCCCGGGCAUGCUGUACACGCCCAUGAUGCACAGUCCGGGCGAGGGCGCCGCGCCCAUGUCGGCCGAGACGCGCGAGGCGAGGCGCCGCCGCAGCCUGCUGGGCACCGAGGGCAGCGCGUGGGACGCCGCGGCCGCGGUGCGCUUCCUGGCCGGCGGGGAGGCGCGCUGGAUCACGGGCACGGUGCUGACGGUGGAUGCGGGCGCGACGUGCUCGACGGCCAUUGCCAUGGACUGAGGGCCACUGUCAUGUCAUGGACUGAAGGGCCUGGGGCUGUGCCCAGCGGCGAUGGUGGCAUCACGCCAGGGCUUGCAGAAGGCAACCUAAGUUGGUUACACUUUGCACAGGGACGUCUCGCAGGCAGACUUGCUCGGGCAGCCGGCGGCCUGGCCAGCCAUGGUCGAUCCCGUGACGGCCAGACAAUGCGGCCUGUUCGUCCGUCGUGCCCAUGGAUGCGCUGGAUGAGCAGAUUUCGUCCGCCUCUCGUCACAUAG